AUGUCCGGAGACCUGUGCACUGAUUGUCCAGCCACCAGCUCGGGACUAGGUGAAAGAGGUGCUCAUCUGGUGAUCCCGUCCCUGAUUGCUCCUACCAUCGCAUUCCUGCUUGUGGCAAACCGAAUUUAUUGGCGGCUGAGGAUGCUCGUCCGAUUCGGCCUGGACGAUGUGUCCGCCAUUCUGUCCAUGACAUUUCUAACAGUACAAUGCGCCUGUUCGAUAGCUGCGGUCGACCAUGGGUAUGGCAGACCAUUCGCGACCCUGAGUGAACAGCAUGCUGCUCAGGCUUUGAAGUGCUUCUUCCUCCUACAGAUAUUCUACAAACUCACCAUCAACUUUACGAAACUAUCCAUACUUUUCCUUUAUCUCCGGAUUUUCACCGAGCAUUUCUGGUUCCGACGAGUCUGCCACACUCUCAUAAUCCUUGUGAUGGGAGCUUGCGUGUGUUUGACCAUCGCCACCAUAUUUCAAUGUAAUCCAGUGUCUCGAGCUUGGCAUCGCUGGGGUGGAAGUGGCACGUGUGUCGAUAUUGGUGCACUCUGGUACAGUAACGCCAUCUACAACAUAAUGACCGACAUCGUCAUCGUCCUGAUGGUGCCGCCUGUCAUUUUUAAACUGAAGCUUCCACUGCGACAAAAGCUAGCCCUGACUUGCAUUUUCGGACUCGGCGUCAUUGUGUGUGCGGCCUCGGUCUCACGGUUGACCACUCUAUAUUCCUCGGCAUACGGUGACGACGUCACCGCAGGGACGUUGGUGUCGACAAUUUGGACAACGAUUGAAGCCGGCCUGGCUGUAAUCUGCACAAACCUACCAAUGCUGCGGACACCUCUCCAGCACUUCUUCCCCAGGCUCUUCCCUCCGCGAACGGGCACAACUCAAAUCUCAAGCAGGAGAGGAUCUCGACCAAGUUGUUGGAGUAACAGCGAAGGGCUCGCCUCUCCAGCGAUCUUGUUUCCGCCGCCCGUGCCGACUCGAGAUACGAACCUGUCGGGGCAGUUACGAGCAGUUGCGAUUCCCAUGGCCAUGCCGAUGCCCAGGCAAGCCGAUCUUCACGAAGAGAAUUCGGGCGAACGUCGUCGCGACGUGAACAUCCGUUCACUCAUCGGUCCAGCGGUGUAG